AUGGCUGUCGCUGUCUUGUUGGCGUGCGUGCUGUUGCUGUCUAGUUGCUGCUGCUUGUACGGUGCCGUGCUGAGACGCACGUGGACGACGCAGCCGUGGUGCGAGAGCGCGCGCAAGCCGCAGUGGCCCUUCGCGUACCAGAAGACGCCGGCGCAGACGCUCGAGUGGCAGGGCCGAGCGAACCCGAACGACCAGGACAUCCGCCACGCGUGCGGCGUCUUCGGCGUGCAGAGCAAGUGCCACAUCUGCGAGGACUUCGCCUGCAACGGCAACAGCGGCGAUCGCUGCGCCUUCCAGCUGCAAGGCAUUCCGUGGUCUACGCUGCCCAAGAACGUCCCGACGGUGACCGACGUCCCGUGGGCGGUGGGGGGCAAACACCGCUACGACUACGGCGGUGCUACACAGCUCUGCUUGUUCUUGUCAGGCGGAGGCUGCUUGUCGCCGUUCUCGACGGACUUCUCGCAGUGUGACGUAAGGUGUUGGGGCACGCAGUCCGGGUCAUUGACAAACAGAGGAGCGCACCCGAGGAGAAAUACUAGUGACGCUGCUUCGUCGGAUAUUUGGAGCUAUUCCGCAGCGUUCGGCGCGUCUGGACGAGCACAGGGAAGAGUGACAACCGUGGCGGGUGAAGGUACUGCAGGGUUCCUCGACGGACCAGCGGCAACUGCGAGGUUUAACCACCCGCGCGGUGUGGCUGUGGACUCGAAUGGAGUGGUUUACGUGGCGGAUACAGCCAACCAUCGCAUUAGAAAAAUCAAUCCGACCACGAAGAUGGUGUCCACGCUAGCGGGCGAUGGGAUUGAGGGGUUUGCGGAUGGAGCUGCGCUCUCGGCAGCGCGGUUUUCGUACCCGUCGGAUGUUGCUGUGCUGGAGACGAACGGCGGCGCGACCGUGACUGUGUUUGUGGCUGAUACAGGCAACCAUCGCAUCCGACAGAUCAAGAGCGGGGUGGUGUCGUGUCUUUCGGGGCUUUGCGGCGCUGGCGUGGAAACUGUGAGGCUUUCGCAGCAGCCAGAGAGCCCUCACGCCGGUCUGGCCGAUGGCGAUCCCCUCGGAGCCCGCUUUGACUCGCCCAUGGGCGUAGCGGUUGAUGCUGAUGGCGUAGUAUUUGUUGCAGAUACUGGCAAUCACUUGAUUCGGCGUAUUGAACCAAACGGAACUACACAUACGCUUGCUGGUAGCGUCGUUCCAUCGGAAGAUGCCGAUACACCUGGCUGUUUGUCGCCUUGUUUGCGUGGCGAGCGUGGAUUUCGAGACGGAAACUUAACUUACGCUCAAUUUGACAGCCCACGCGCCAUUGCAGUCGGUGCUGAGCGUACCGUGGUGGUGGCCGAUGGCCAUCGCGUACGUCGAGUGACUUAUGACGGAGGAUUUGCGUCUACAAUUGAGACCGUCACGUCAACCAACCGCGUUGUGACUCUCGCGGGGUCCAAUGUACCUGGACACAUCGAUGGCGAAGGGAAUGAGGCAACUUUCAACGCGCCAGCCGGAGUCGCUUUCGCUGCUGACGGACGAGUGUACGUUGCCAGCUCUACGGACUGCACAGUGCGGCAGAUAUCUCCUGCCUCGCUAGUCUCGCGGUCUGUCACGUGUUCGACUCGAGCAACGCAAGUGCUGCGUCCGAGUGGUUGUGCGUCCUACGAGCAGCCAGUGGACGAGCUUUUCCUCCAGACAUCGCCAGCAACCAACAACAUUUUCCUCAACUAUCUGCAGCGCGAGGAGUUCGACCCUGUCCUGGGCGCCGCGAUAUCUGGACGAACGUUGAAGGACUGUACAGGCUCACCUCCAGCCGACGGCUUAGUACAAGGAGAUCUCGCGCUACCCUUACGCGACCCAGACACCCAAUCCAUCACGACCAGUGUGUUUCAAGACCUCGAAUACGGCACCACCGUCAAGGUGAGUUGUCCUGCAGGUUGUGAUCCUACGACAAUUUCGACCAAAGUUUACGGUUCUGGACUGUACAGCGAUGUUUCUUCGAUCUGCCUCGCUGCGAUUCAUAGUGGCGCUAUCACUGCUACUCAAGGAGGCCUAGUAACGAUUACUCUGGAGCGUGGAACACAGCCAGCGUCAAAGGCAUCCACGGCAGUCGGCUCUACUGCGAAUGGGGUGACGUCGCUUAACUUGCCGUCGACUCAGGAUACUCGUGCUCGGCUUUUCAGUGUCAAGGCGUAUCUACGGCCUAAACUCGAGGUGCAGUCCGUCGCAGGGGCGCCCAAUGCACCACUCGGAUCCCAGCAGGAUGGUUGCGGCUACCUGGACGCUCAGCCUCCGUUGGCGGCGCGUUUUCUGGGUAUCGCGGGGCUUGAUAUCGCUAGAAGCCGGUCAUUAUCACGAACAGAUUUUCUCUACAUCGCCGACGCGGGCAACAACCGCAUUCGAGCGCUGUCUGCUCCUUGUGCCAAGGUUUGUGAGAACGGAGGAGUUUGCAGUGCUGCAGACGUGUGUACAUGUCCUUCUGGGUGGACAGGUGAUGACUGUACAAUACCCGUCUGCAGUACUAGCUGUGGAGCUCGACAGAUAUGUGUGGGUCCUGACAAAUGUGCCUGCAUGCCUGGUUAUGGGGAAUUUCCAGCUUGCAGUACACCGCAGUGCGUUCAAACCUGUACUCACGGAGGGGUUUGCUCGGCACCGGACACUUGCUCGUGUGCUUCAGGCUGGUUUGACGCUAACUGCACGACCCCAGUGUGCACUCAAACUUGUGGAAACGGGGGGAAUUGCACAGCUCCAAACACGUGCACGUGUCCAGACGCCUGGAAAGGCACCGAUUGUCGUGUACCGGUGUGCGCUCAGACGUGCCAGAAUGGUGGAAGUUGCGUCGCACCCGAUUCCUGCUUGUGUGCUACCGGUUGGAGUGGAUUCGACUGCAGCCUCCCGAUCUGUCCGCAGGGCGAUUUUGUGCCGCAUCCAAGUGGAUACGCGAACGCCCUAGCACGCCCGCUAUCCGUUGAAAGCUACGUGCCCUGUGAUUUCGCUCGCUGGUGUCUUGAGACUGGCGAGUUUGACUGUCUUCACCGGUUAUACACCACGUCCAGUCCUGUGGUGAACGCGUCAAGUGGCUUAGCGGCAAAAGGGAAGACCCCACCAUCGUACGGCGAUUGUCUUCUGCUUGAGCUGGGGGACGACACACUCGCACAGUUCCAGUAUCUUUCCGAGGGCAACGCAACCAGCGACUUUUACCGUUUUGCCCCCGUCAAGCCGUACGGAUGGAAUGCCUCUGCAGCCUGGAGAGGAAUCGCCAAAGCGGAAGUGGGGUUUUCACCUCCGUUUCUAUUGACCAGUGACCGACAGGUGGCACUCGUGGAGCGAAGGCGAGUUGUACAAGGAGUUUACGCCUGUGCCCACGGAGGUAGCUGCGUAGCCCCUGAUGUGUGUCAAUGCGCCUCGGGGUGGGCUGGGUUUGAUUGCCGCACUCCUGUGUGUUCCCAGGGCUACUACUCCCCAAACCAAGUCACAUAUCUAGCUGCUGAACCCCCGACUGCCACUGAUCCUCGACACCCUGUUUCGAAUCCGACGUACACUGCAACAGUCGAGCAAAUUGCGUACACCCAAGUGACCGUGACCUCAGAGACUCGAGGUGGUGUACGCUACAAACCAACGCAAGGUGGCUAUGCAUGCUCGAUUCGCAGUAUCACGGAAUGGGAGAAACCAGCGACGCCCGAUGGGUCUCCGGCCUAUUACUUCGACCAUCCCAACUACUAUUCGCGCUACAUGGACCGAGAAUUAUCCGCCGAUGGCCAUUACCACACACAAUGGACGGGGAUGGCUUGGCCACCACUUUACAAUUUGUCCAAGCCGCCAUUAGACGAUACCCGACAGGGUUGGAAACGUGGCGGUACGUGGGGUUAUAUCCCCGGCAGAGCUUGGCAGAAGGGGGUUUGCCUCCUCGAAUUCAACCGAACCUGCUCUUCAGGGACGCAAGCGAAAGACCUCUUGUCAGGCAAACUGGGUGUGCUUGUUGUUGAUACAGAUGCAUCGUACCGACCUCAAGUCACGUACACAGCGCAAGACGCCGUCCGCCGCGGUUUCUGGAAUUCUUCAGUGUUUGGAGACUGCGUGGAUCAAGUCGUGCGCGGGUGCUUCAACAACGGCACGUGUUCGGCCCCCGGGGUUUGCGACUGUGCUCCUGGUUGGACUGGAGCGGACUGUACGAUCCCGGUAUGCACGCAAACUUGCAUGAAUGGAGGGAACUGCACGCUUCCAGACACUUGUACGUGUGCCUUGGGAUGGUCAGGAGCAGACUGCUCGAUUGCACUCUGCGCGCAGGAAUGCCGGAAUAACGGGACGUGCAUCGCUCCUGACCAGUGUCAGUGCAUCACGUGGGAUUCAAUUUGGCGAGACGGCCGCGAGAACGGUGGUAAGCCUGUGUUCCAGCUUCCUGAUGGACGAGCGCAACGUACAGGUUAUACUGGGUACGACUGCAACACUCCUAUCUGCGUUCAGGCUAAACGGUUCGUGCUGAAUGUUGUGUCCCGCUCGUCCAGCAGCUUCCGUACAUUACGUGGCAAUUAUGAUAGCGCCACAGCGGUCCGCAACUGCAACACGUAUCGCUGUCCUCAAUACGACGUGGAGCUGGUGGCCAACGAUGGCCACUCGUUUCAGAGUGGCUGCUCGGUUGGUGAUCCUGAGCCCAAUCCAAAGCGUAGCGCUGCACUCACAAGCGCCCAGCAGAUCCAAAACCUGCUGGAUUAUCGGGACGACCUCAACGUAGCUCGCGUGUCGAACGAUUUCCUCUGUGGUAACGUGGUCUGGGAGCAAGGUGACAUCGAGAGCGACAACGGGACGAACCGCGUUAUUCGUACCAACUACGUGAAUGUGACGAAAGUGGAUGAAGUCACAUGGGAGUACGGAGUUUCAGCCCCUGGUGAGGGCGUCUACGAGUGCUACAACUCUGGCGCGUGUGUAGCCCCAGACGAAUGUGCGUGUGGCGAUGGCUGGGCCGGCAUCGACUGCAACAUUCCGCUCUGCCGAUUCCUCGAGGCCGACCAAUACGCCACCGUGUCCUCCGGGUGCCGUAAUGGCGGCGUCUGCGUCAGCAAAGAUGAAUGUCGAUGUGUCACCGUCAACUCCACCCUACACGAUCACUAUCCGACAGCCCCAACGGGUCUCACCGGGUACUUCGGCUCGGAUUGCGCGUUGCCGAUCUGCAUCCAAGGAGUGUUCGACCCGAUCUGCAACGCCAGCGUCGUGGCCAGCGACCUGAAUCUCACAACUGGGAAUAUCUCCGGCAUUGACGCCAUGGCCAGCAGUAUCGUCAGCAGCGGCGAUGGCUGCUACCGCUGCAAGAACGGAGGACUGUGCGUCGCCCCGGACGUUUGCGCCUGUGCUGAAGGCUGGACUGGCUUCGACUGCUCGACGCCGAUCUGCGAGUUGACUGAAGCGGUCACAGCCUCCGUUCGCCCAACGCUCUUCACCGUCGAUGAGCUCAAGGUCGAAGUGUUUCGUACGGAUCCGUGUGGCACUGGAGGCGGACGUUGGGGCAAAGAGGAAGUGAACGGGGCCAUGAUCGGCCAGGGCAAUUGCACCCUCCCCAUGAAGUGCACGUGUCUGUGCAAGCAGCGCUACGACAAGGACAUCUGCGAGGCGACGGGCGAAAUGUGCGAUAAGCCCUGGCACGACCCGUUCCACCGCUCCAUCCCGGCAGGCUACGUGUACGGCACGCGCGACUGCGUCGACGGGUUUCAGGGGAUCGAGGACGCCGACGGCAACUUCCAGACUUGCCACCUCAAGAUCUACGUGCCCUCAGCCUGGCGCCGAUACACCGUCAGCGUCGUGGCCAUCUUGUCGGUGCUUGGGGCCAUCUUCAUCGUGGCCUACUACUACAUCCGCAAGCGGGUGAGACGCGCGCUGCUACUGGCGAAGGCCGAACGACGUCGCUCGCGCAAGAACUCGGAGGAAAACCUGACGAAACCCAAACCUGGAGCCUUCACACACGCAAAGAACGAGUAA